CGUUUGAUAUGCAGUUCAUAAACAAUGAAAUUUCUACAACAAAUAAGUGUUUGGUAAAGAAUGAAGUCGACAAUAAUUAUGAUAUUAAUUUUCCGUGUAAAGCGACCGAUACCUCAAACAAUACAAAAACCAUGGAUUGCAGUUUGAACAAAACUAUAGAAAACGAUUCUGAGAAAAACAUACACAAAUUACGUCGGUUCGACUGCAAUAUAUGUCAAAGGAGGUUUAUAACCAAAAGUAAUAUAAUCCGGCACAUUGCGAAAUCACAUUCUAGUACUUCCAUUGAAAAGAAAGCACCUCAAAAAAAUAAAGUCAAUCAUCGUAACAGCAGAAUCAAAAAGUAUACUCAAAACAAAGAUGGUCUAUUUAAUUGUGGUAUUUGUGUGAAAACUUUUUCAUCAAAAUCAAACCUGAGAAGACAUUGGCGCAUACAUACUGGCGAGAAACCCUAUAAAUGCGAUGACUGUAUAAAAAGAUUUGGUCAGAUAUCUCACCUCAAGAUUCAUGAACGCAUACAUACUGGUGAGAAACCUUAUAAAUGCGUUGUCUGUGAAAAAACCUCCAUUCAACAUUCUGAUCUCAAGAGACAUGCACGUGUACAUACCGGCGAGAAACUAUUUAAAUGCGUUGUCUGUGAAAAGGCAUUCAUUGAAGAAUCUAAUCUCAAGAGACAUUCAGUCGACAAAUUCAUCUCAAGUACCAUGCACGUAUUCAUACCGUCGAGAAUCCGUUUAAAUGCGAUGUCUGUAAAAAAACGUUUGGUAGACAACAUCACCUCAAAGCUCAUGAACGCAUACAUACUGGUGAAAACCCGUUUAAAUGCGAUGUCUGUAAAAAACGUUUGGUAG